ACCGUCAAAUUAACAAACCAAACAUAUACUUGAGCAAUACGGCAACGUUUUGCUUUUGAAUAAACCACACACAUAUCUGUGUUUCACAUGCUCAUGUUGUCUGCAAACAAUAGAAUUCACAAUCAAAAUCGAUUUCAUAUCUCUAUAAACCCUAGAAAUACACAAUCAAAAUCGAAAUGUCAGACAACAUACCAUUCGAACUCCAAUCGGAAAUCAUGAAGAGGCUUCCUGCGGAAUCGUUGAUUCGAUUCCGAUCGGUCUGCAAAUCCUGGAAGUCUCUGAUCCACAGCUCUGAUUUCAUUGCUGGUUAUAGAGGCCAACAACAUCUGAUUGUAAGGUAUAAAGAUGCGGUUGUUAAUCAUGAUUAUAAAUAUGUUUCAAUUGUUGUUGAUGAUGAUGAUACUUUUCCCCUACAGAAAGUUUAUGUAACUGAUCCUCAAUUGGUGGUUAAUAUGCUUAAAUGUUAUACAAUCGUUGCCAGCAGUCACGGCUUGCUAUGUUUGUUUGGUAAAACCGACGGAGCGAUUAUUUGGAAUCCUUCGAUUAGGAAAGCGGUUGCUGUUGGUGUGCCUAAUAUGGCAAAUAGUGAGAUAUACAGAACCGUUUUAGGGUUUGGGGUUUGUUGCAAGACUAAUGAUCCUAAGAUAGUCAAGAUUAAUUACAUAAUCCAGUGGACUGAUAUCGAGGAUGUAGCUUACAUUCCUUGGCAAGUUGAGGUGUUUACGUUAAGCACAGGAGCCUGGAGAAGUCUAUCUAACAAUCUCCCUGGUAAAUCGAUUAGAUUUGGCUGGGAUCAGGUGGUUGUAGAUGGGUGUCUUUAUUGGCUUGCUAGUGUUGAUGAUACGUUUAGGUCUGAUUGUUUCAUUUGAUCUGACAAGUGAAGAAUUUAGAGAGGUAAACCUUCCGAGUAGUUUAGCCCACUCUUGUUGUAAUUUGUUAGUGGAUAAGCUAAGGGAGUCCCUUGCUGUGAUUGAACCCAAUAUAGAGGCCAAUAAACUAGUUUACCAUGUAUGGAUGAUGGAGUAUGGUGUUCCAAGAUCGUUUGAAAAGCUCUACACUAUUAGUAGCCACUUACCAUGUGUAUCAAUAGUUCGUAUAUGUGGAUUUAGGAAGACAGGUGAACCUUUAAUUGAGUUGCACACUCAUCCUGGCUCCCUUAACUGCAUACUUGCUGCUUAUGAUCCCUACUCUAAAUUCAUAAGUAAUGUUGGGAUUAUUGGAAGGUAUAGGUCAUUUUUUGUGUAUACCUACAUGGAAACACUGCUUCUGCUUUGAUCAGCCCGUUUUCACUUCUGCUUAUGAAGCAUACA